AUGGAGAGCAGCGACCGGGACAUGUACCGCCAGUUUCAAGACUGGUGUCUCAGGACUUACGGGGACUCAGGAAAAACCAAGACGGUGACCCGUAAAAAAUACGACCGGAUCGUCCAGCUCCUGAACGGCUCCGAGUCGAGCUCCACGGAUAAUGCCAAAUUCAAAUUCUGGGUCAAAUCUAAAGGCUUCCAGCUCGGCAACUCGGACGAGGUCAGUGGUGGUGCUGGAGGAGGGAAGCAAGUGCUGUACGUGCCAGUCAAAACCACGGAUGGAGUAGGUGUAGAUGAGAAGCUGUCUUUACGGCGGGUAGCCGUUGUAGAAGAUUUCUUUGACAUUAUCUAUUCCAUGCAUGUUGAAACUGGGCCUAAUGGAGAACAAAUCAGAAAACAUGCUGGACAAAAGAGAACGUAUAAAGCAAUUUCAGAGACCUAUGCCUUCCUACCGAGAGAAGCGGUGACACGAUUUCUAAUGAGCUGCUCAGAGUGCCAGAAAAGAAUGCAUUUAAACCCAGAUGGAGCGGAUCAUAAAGAUAAUGGAAAACCUCCAACUUUGGUGACCAGUAUGAUUGAUUACAACAUGCCAAUUACUAUGGCUUAUAUGAAACACAUGAAGCUGCAGCUACUAAAUUCACAGCAAGAUGAGGAUGAAAGCUCUAUAGAAAGUGAUGAGUUUGAUAUGAGUGACUCAACUAGGAUGUCAGCUGUGAACUCUGACCUCAGCUCAAACCUGGAAGAGAGAAUGCAAAGUCCUCAGAACCUCCAGGGCCAGCAGGAUGAUGAUUCAGCCGCAGAGAGUUUUAAUGGCAAUGAGACCGUGGGACACAGUUCCAAUGCUUCAGGGGGAACACACUGCAGGGAGAUGGCAGAAACCAACAGUAAUGGCAAAACAAAUCUGGAGCAGGAUGAGCAGCCUCUGAACCUGAGUGACAGUCCCCUCUCUGCUCAGCUGACUUCAGAAUACAGACUAGAUGAUCACAGCAGUAAUGGAAAGAACAAAUACAAGACUCUCCUAAUUUCUGAUCUCAAGAUGGAACGGGAGGCAAGAGAAAAUGGAAGCAAGUCCCCUGCACAUAGCUAUUCAAGCUAUGACUCUGGCAAGAAUGAGAGUGUAGGCAGAGGUGCUGAAGAUCUGUCUCUGAAUCGAGGAGAUGAGGAUGAGGAUGACCAUGAUGAGCAGGAAGAUCCUGAGAAGGUUAAUGAAUCAGAUGGGGUAGAAGCUGAGCGACUGAAAGCUUUUAAUAUGUUUGUCAGGCUGUUUGUAGAUGAAAACUUGGACCGAAUGGUCCCAAUCUCUAAGCAGCCCAAAGAAAAGAUCCAGGCUAUCAUUGACUCAUGCAGGCGACAAUUCCCUGAGUAUCAAGAGCGUGCCAGAAAACGCAUACGUACUUACCUCAAGUCCUGCAGGCGGAUGAAAAGAAGUGGUUUUGAGAUGUCACGACCUAUUCCCUCACACCUUACUUCAGCAGUUGCAGAGAGUAUCCUGGCUUCCGCCUGUGAGAGUGAAAGCAGAAAUGCUGCAAAAAGGAUGCGGUUGGAUAGACAGCAGGACGAGGCUGCCCCAGCUGACAAGCAGUACAAACAGGAGCCAGCCCAGGUCACUUACUCAACAUCAGCUGUUUCCAGCACACAGGAGGUGUUGUACAUCAAUGGCAAUGGGACCUACAGUUACCAUAGUUACAGAGGGCUUGGAGGUGGGCUGCUAAAUCUCAAUGAUGCUUCUAGCAGUGAUCUGCAGCCUACCUCCACCACAGCCGCAACUCAGCACUGCAUCCCAGGCACCACAAACGUCCAGUCCCCUUCCAGCUCAGGUCCAACAGAUCUCAGUAUGAAGAGGCAGUUAGCAACCAGCUCUGGAUCCUCUAGUAGUUCAAGCUCUAGAACCCAGCUGAGUCCAACUGAAAUAAAUGCAGUGAGGCAGCUUGUGGCAGGGUAUCGAGAAUCAGCCGCGUUUUUAUUGCGUUCCGCAGAUGAACUGGAAAACCUUAUUUUGCAGCAGAACUGAGUCAUGUGACCUUCACACUGGCCUGGUCUUAUCUCAGAGUUUCCACUAAUGACAUUUUGAUUUCCCAGAGCACACACUUCAGUUACUGCACAGUCUUUUAGGAGAGUUAAU